CACCAGUCGCCCUGCCCCUCCUCCUCUCCCAGGGGACACCCUGUCCGCGUUAAGGAGAAGCCUUUGUUCUGCUGUCUUUUCUCAGCCUACAGUGAACUGUAACCACCGUGUGACUCUAACUGCCAAGCAAGCCCAGGCACCUGUACACUGAGGUUGAGGCUGGUCACAGCUCAGGUGGCCCAAGGAGCUGUUUGGUUCACCCACAAGGGAUGAGAGCUACCCUAUUGCUGCUGCUUUGAGAGCCCCAGACAGACACUUGAAAAGGUUUGUGGAUGGCUGCUAGAAGAUCUUGACUUGCUCCUGAGGAAAUAUAGUUUUACUGAGUUCCCCAGUUGACCAUGAACCAACCAGACCCUGCCAGUGACUCAGAUCCCAGCCCUGAACCCCUGUGUGUGGUGUGUGGCCAAACCCACUCCCCUGAGGAAAAUCACUUCUACACCUACACGGAAGAUGUGGACGAUGACCUCAUCUGCCACAUCUGCCUGCAAGCUUUGCUGGACCCUCUGGACACUCCGUGCGGACAUACCUACUGCACCCUCUGCCUCACAAACUUCCUGGUGGAGAAGGACUUCUGCCCUGUGGACCGCAAGCCCCUGGUCCUGCAGCACUGCAAGAAGUCCAGCAUCCUGGUCAACAAGCUUCUCAACAAGCUGCUGGUGACCUGCCCUUUCACGGAGCACUGCGCCGAGGUGCUGCAGCGCUGUGAUCUCGAGCAUCACUUCCAAACAAGCUGUAAGGGCGCCUCCCACUACGGCCUGACCAGGGACAGGAAGAGGCGCUCACAAGAUGGCUGUGCAGACGGCUGUGCGAGCCUCAUGGCAACGGCACUCUCUCCAGAGGUUUCUGCAUCUGCCACCAUCUCCUUAAUGACGGACGAGCCUGGCCUAGACAACCCUGCCUUCGUGUCAGCAGAGGAUGGUCAGCCAGCUAGCGACCUAUCGGACUCUGGCCGGAGCAACCGCACUAGGGCACGGCCUUUUGAGCGAUCCACUAUCAGAAGCAGAUCUUUUAAAAAGAUAAACCGAGCUUUGAGUGUUCUUCGAAGGACAAAGAGUGGGAGUGUAGUUGCCAACCAAGCUGGCCAGGGCAGGGAAAAUUCUGAAAAUACCACUGCCCCUGAAGUCUUUCCAAGGUUGUAUCACCUGAUUCCAGAUGGUGAAAUUACCAGCAUCAAGAUCAAUCGAGUGGAUCCCAACGAAAGCCUCUCCAUUAGACUAGUGGGAGGCAGCGAAACCCCACUGGUCCAUAUCAUUAUCCAACACAUUUAUCGUGACGGGGUGAUUGCCAGAGACGGCCGUUUACUGCCAGGAGACAUCAUAUUAAAGGUCAAUGGGAUGGACAUCAGCAAUGUCCCUCACAACUACGCCUUGCGCCUCCUGCGACAGCCCUGCCAGGUGCUGCGGCUGACUGUGCUGCGUGAGCAAAAGUUCCGGAGCAGGAACAACGGACAAGCACUGGACACCUAUGGACCCCGGGAUGACAGUUUCCAUGUGAUUCUCAACAAAAGUAGCCCUGAGGAGCAGCUUGGAAUAAAACUGGUGCGCAAGGUGGAUGAGCCUGGGGUGUUCAUCUUCAACGUGCUGGAUGGCGGUGUGGCAGACAGACAUGGUCAGCUGGAGGAGAACGAUCGUGUGUUAGCCAUCAAUGGACAUGACCUUCGAUACGGCAGCCCAGAAAGUGCAGCUCAUCUGAUUCAGGCCAGUGAAAGGCGCGUUCACCUCGUCGUGUCCCGCCAGGUUCGACAGCAGAGCCCUGACAUCUUUCAGGAAGCCGGCUGGAACAGCAAUGGCAGCCGGUCCCCAGGACCAGGGGAGAGGAGCAACCGUCCCAAGCCCCUCCAUCCUGCAGCUACUUGUCAUGAGAAGGUGGUAAGUGUCCGAAAAGACCCCAGCGAAUCUCUCGGCAUGACCGUUGCAGGGGGAGCAUCACAUAGGGAAUGGGAUUUGCCUAUCUAUGUCAUCAGUAUUGAACCCGGAGGAAUCAUAAGCAGAGAUGGAAGAAUAAAAACAGGUGACAUUUUGUUGAAUGUGAAUGGGAUUGAACUAACAGAGGUCAGCCGGAGCGAGGCAGUUGCACUAUUGAAAAGCACAUCCUCCUCAGUGAUACUCAAAGCUUUGGAAGUCAAAGAACAUGAGCCCCAGGAAGACUGCAGCAGCCCAGCAGCCCUGGACUCCAACCACAACAUGGCCCCACCUGGCGACUGGUCGCCUUCCUGGGUCAUGUGGCUGGAAUUACCACGGUACUUGUAUAAUUGUAAAGAUGUUAUAUUACGAAGAAACACAGCUGGAAGUCUGGGCUUCUGCAUUGUAGGAGGUUAUGAAGAAUACAAUGGGAACAAACCUUUUUUUAUCAAAUCCAUUGUUGAAGGAACACCAGCAUACAAUGAUGGAAGAAUUAGAUGUGGUGAUAUUCUUCUUGCUGUCAAUGGUAGAAGUACAUCAGGAAUGAUACAUGCUUGCUUGGCAAGGAUGCUUAAAGAACUUAAAGGACGAAUUACUCUCACUAUUGUUUCUUGGCCUGGCACUUUUUUAUAGAAUCAAUGGGUCACAGAAAAACAAAAAUCACAAAUAGACUAAGUUGAAACAAUAUAUUUAUCUUGUGGAUUUUUAUAUUUAAAGAAUGCAUUGUAAAAACAUCAGGGAAAGUAUGAUCUAAUGAAAGCCAGUUACAUGUCAGAAAAUACGAUUCUCAAAAAAUAAAAACUAAUAGUUUUUAUUCAUUGUGGAAGAUUUCUCAUUACUCCACAACUUUAAGUUUAUAUUUUUCUGGUCUAUAAAAAUCCCUCAAACAGCAAAAAUGGUUUGUAUGCCCCAUUAAACUCAAAUCAAUUUAAAUUAAAAAUUUGGUAUAUGCUGAGGUCUGCAAAGAGUACAUUAUGGGCAUUUUUAAUUUAAAGCCAGAGGAUUUUAAAAAUG